CAUUCAGUUUCCUUUUACACAGAAUUCAACAUACGAAAACUGAAACGAAGAUUAUCGGUUAAAUUGUAAUAGUAAAUUAGUUUAUGUUUUAUUAGUUUUUUGCAAUGAUUUGCCUAUCACGUCUGGUCAUAAUAAACUUGCCAAGUGUCUGGCAACCAACUCGCAGCACGCAUUCUGAGAAGAACGAUUCAAAACGCAAGACUUCUGAGCAACAAGCUGGCCUGAGGGAUUUCCAGAGUCCUUUACAGUUCCAUACCAAAAGAGGCUAUAUAAAGUGGUUCAGCAGACUGAGUCGCUGCCACAGAGCUCAUAACUUUCCGGGACGAAUGCAUUCCAGAUUUUAGAUUCGAAUUAAGAGAGGAAUUAAAGCUGUUGCUCUUGGUUUGAAUUUCA